CAUUGAACUGUUUAUGCCACAACAAAUGUUGAAUUCAACUCAAACCAUUAACUUGAGCAGUUAUUGAAACGCUGCAUACUUUUCGGCCUGCUGACCAUCAAAGGCCGCAAUGCAACAACUUAUAUUAACGAUUUUCUCACUUCACUUCACUUAUACUUUACAGCAUCCCAAACAGGCCAACACACACACACACACACACAGAAUACAUGCGUGUGUGUCAUGCGCAUUGCUUCGCUUGGUAGUGGUAGCAAAUGUUAGAAAACAGUUAAGAGAGCGCACAACUGUUUGAGCUUAAGAGCGCCAUAGCCAUGGCCUUCUCACGUCACAACAUUGAAAAGCGCCGACUCAUCGAGCUAGUGCGUCUCAAUCCCAUACUGUGGGACUGCCGACUGCCGCACUACAAGCGCUCGGACAAGAAGAAGGCCAUCAAAUGGAACGAGCUGGGACGCAUGUUCAAUGUGAAUGGCGAGCGAGUGCAGCGCACUUUCACCUCGCUGCGGGAAAUCUUUAGACGCGAGCUGAACCACGAGAAGAUGCUCGGCACUACACGCUUCAAAUCCAAGUGGGAAUACUACGAUGCCAUGGCCUUUCUCAAGGAAGUCAUCAGAGAGCGCAAAUCCCGCGAGCGUUAUUUAAGCACCCAAUUCAAUUUAAUAAAAAUGUAGACAACAACUAACAAAAACAACAACAACAAUACGAACAGCAGCAACAAUAACAACAGCGUCUCCCAUGAUGAAUAUCAAUACUUUCCGCCCAGCGAUCCAAACAAUCCCAACAAUCAAACAAGCAAAUUGAGCAACGUCGCAGCUUCGCCCUCCAGCAGCCUCAAUCAGUUGCCUGUGGCGUUGCAACAACAGGCGCAACACUUGCAGGCGCUGCAACUGCAGCCAGACGUAACGCUGACCACACUGAGCGUUGCACAAAAGCCAACGCCAACGCCACCAGCAGUGGCAGCGGCAGCGGCAGCCACAACUCCCAGUUCGCGCAGCUGCAGCAGCUCACCCUCCAUUUAUAUCAAGGACGAGCCCGACUCGCAGGACGAGCUGCUGGCGCACAAGACGCCGCGUGCCAAAUUGGCGACCAUACGACCGCAGACUAAGCAACAGCUCAAGGCGCGACUGCAGGUGGCAAAGCUAGGUGGCGCCACCAAUGCGCUGUUUGCCACGCCGUCGCCGCAUUUGAUUAUCAAUACCAACAACGAGCUCAUCGAUGUGGAUGCCGGCGAUGAAUUGGAUGAAGACGAUGUGGAGUUUAGCGACGACGAUGAUGAGGAGGACGAGCUAAAUAGAGCCGAGUGUCCACCACUUAUGGACAUGGAUAUGCUUGAAGCCAGUGGCGGCGGCGGCGGCGGAGCUGCUCGACUCUCGCCCAGCAGCAGUUACACAGCCGCCGGCGCUAUUGAUGCCAGACCAGGACCACGCGAGCUGCUCUACAUUAAAUUUGGAGAUUUUCUAGCCGCACGACUGAAUACGCUACAAGAAACGGUGGCCAAUGAGCUGAUGAACAAAAUAUUGCUGCUCAUAGCAGAGAAGUGAAGUGAGGCAAGCCAAA